AUGUCUGACACCUCUGACUCCCGCCGAAGGAAAGAGAAGGAGGAGGAAGAGAAACGGAAGAAGGACGAGGAGCGACAGGUGUUGCCGGCGCCUCCGGCAGGUAUAGCUUUUGCGGCAUGGCUCGAGACCCAGCCGAAAUGGGUGCAGGAUGGGUACGCGGGGGGCGUUGUGGGUCUUGUUGCGAGGCAGCAAGCAGAGAAGGAGGCCGCGGAGAGGCAGCAGGCCGAGGAGGAAGAGAGGCGGGAACAGGAGCGGCUGGCCACCGCUCAAAGGAAGCAAGAGGAUAGGCUGGCUAUCCUCCGUGCCCAAGUGGAUGAAAUUGGGAGCACCUUGGAGGGCAGGGCUUUGAUGAAGGCCUUCCUCGAUAGGUACAACGACCAUCUACGAGCAAGGUCGGGGUUGGCGGCUUCGGUGGAGCCGGAGACGGAUGCCGAGCCCACGGUUGAGCCUCGGGCCUCGCAGAUGGAGGCCGAGCUGGCCAAAAUGAAGAAGAAGCUCGCGGCGUUGGAGAAGGGCAAGGGAAGGGCGGGGGCGGGGGGAAAGGCGGCGGGGAAGAGGCCGUUGGCGUUGGUGGAGGACGACGAGGUAGAGGUGCUGGCUGGUCCACCUGCCGGCAACACCCGGGGGGCCAAGAAGGCCAAGGGAGAGGGAAAGUCGAAGGCUUUCCUGCCGACCCAGAAGCCGGCUGGGUGGCCCGAUUCAACUUGGGACAAUGCGGUGAAAGCGGAGGCUCUUCUCACCGACCCGAGGGCCCGGGAGGUCCCGAAGAACAAGAGGUGCAAGCACUGUGCCUCGCCGGACAAGAUGAUGGGGAGCUCGAAGAACGCCAAGAACCCGGACGACCCUCUCCGGAUGGCCAUGAAUGAGCGGUACGACGUUUGUGGGGUGAUCCCGGGGCAGCCUGGGUGUUGUGUCAGAUGUAUCUGGCGCAACAACAAGCAAGGGUGCGACUAUCUGACGCAUCCCUUCGAGGCCAAGCCCAACGUCGCGGGCUCGACAACGUCGUCGAACAGGGUCGACCUCCCUCUUGCCGACGCCCCUCUCCCUCCCGCUCCCGCUCCCCCUCCCCCUCCCCCUGCAUCCAACAUGGAUAUCUUGGCCCAGGUCUUGGCCGCUAUGGGCAACGCCAACGCCGCCGGUGGGAGCCAGUAUACCUGGCCUCAGGGUCGUCCUGGGGGUUCGGGUGCUUAA